UGUGCUGGAGUUAGCCACAUACAAAAAGUCAACUAAUUUCUUUAUCUUUUUGACAUGUAGCGAAGCUGGACAAAAAACGCAAUAUGAAAGAAGUGGGCAUAUCUCUGCCCAAGUCUCGAGGCGUGGGUGUAGGAAUAGUCGCUGCGCUCUUGUUAUGCUUCAUUUUCUACUACUUUUAUGGCGGUUACAUGACUUUUUUGCUCUUUGCUUCCAUUCUCCUGUUAAUAUUCUACUACGCCCAAGACUUGCUACUGUAUCAUCCGGACUUGCCAACCCAUUCUCGCAUUUACAUACCCAUUCCGACGAUUCACAACUUGCCGCACAUCACAGUCAGCAUCAAAACGCCCGACGAUGUUACGUUGCACGCGUUUUGGAUAAGCCAACCAGAGGAGCGCUGCAAGUCCGUUCCCACAUUGCUUUACUUUCACGGCAAUGCUGGCAACAUGGGACAUCGCAUGCAAAAUGUUUGGGGCAUUUAUCACCAUCUCCAUUGUAACAUUCUGAUGGUAGAGUAUCGGGGCUAUGGCCUGUCCACUGGCGUACCCACGGAACGCGGCCUGGUCACCGAUGCGCGUGCUGCCAUUGACUAUCUCCACACACGCCACGAUCUGGAUCACUCGCAACUUAUCCUCUUUGGGCGCUCUCUAGGCGGCGCCGUCGUUGUCGAUGUGGCCGCCGAUGCUGUCUAUGGCCAGAAGUUGAUGUGCGCCAUUGUGGAGAACACAUUCAGCAGCAUACCGGAAAUGGCUGUGGAGCUGGUGCAUCCGUCUGUGAAGUACAUACCAAAUUUACUCUAUAAGAAUAAGUAUAACUCUCUGAAUAAGAUUGGCAAGUGUUCGGUACCAUUUCUGUUUAUAUCGGGCCUUGCGGAUAACCUAGUGCCACCGCGUAUGAUGCGUGCCUUGUAUACCAAAUGUGGCAGUGACCUGAAGCGUUUGCUCGAGUUCCCUGGAGGCUCGCACAACGACACCUGGAUAGUGGAUGGGUACUAUCAAGCAAUUGGGCAAUAUUUGUCCGAGUUACAAGAGGUGCCAUUGCCACUGCAGAAACCUCCUGAGAAGAGCAAUGUGUGGGUCGAGCUAGAGCAGGAGCAUAAAAUCAUUGAUGUGUAGGCGGCUCCUUGGCCACUCCUGGAGCACAAACAACGUGUUCUAUUGACUGUGUUAGCACUGCGAAUGGUUUAAUACUUAUACAUCUUAUUAUAUAGUCUACUAUAUAUGUCUUUAUAUAACAAGAUUUUAAUCUAAAA